CCAGAAGGAGGGACAGACUGGUGUAAACAGAGCAGGAUGUGACAGUAGACAGACAGACAAGGCUGUUGGACUGGGCUGGAGGAAUACACGCAGACACACACCAAAAGAUGUCUGGGACACCACCCCCAGUACGUUCUAGGAAGCCAUCAGGUGUUAGAGUCAUGCCCCAUGAUGGUCAACUUCCUUCCCAUGGCUACGCAAAGGUGUUCAAAGUGAAUGAGGCCAGUAGUGAGCCAAAAUACACAUCUCGAGGACAUGCAGAGAGAGAGGUGGAGAUCCUAAACCACUGUUUUGAUGACGUGGAGCGCUUCAUGGGACGCCUGCAGCAGGCUGCUGAGGCUCAGAGCAUCCUCAACCAGACGAAGAGGAAGAGCAGAAAAAGCAAGAAGAAAGGGAAGCAGGAUGAUGACUUGCUGACCCUGAAAGCCUGCCCUCCACCUGAGGAGGAGUUUGUUGACAUUUUUCAGAAAGUCAAGUACUCCUUCUGUCUGCUGGACCGCCUGAAGUCGUCCAUCACAGAGCCGUCUUCUGGGGAGCUGGUGCAUCACGUCUUUAUUCCCCUGGGCCUGAUGGUGAAGACUACUGAUGGGCCAGAGAUGGGGGCGAGUGUGGCCAGUCCAGCCUUGACCAGUGGUGCUGUGUCUCUACUGCAGAAACACCUGACCGAUGAAGAGAAGGAGCUUUGGAGCUCCCUAGGGCCUAACUGGACCUUACACUGCUCCCAGCUUGUUGAGUCUGUCCCUCCAUACUCACCUGUCUUUCUGGAUGGAUGGCAGCCUGAGGCCUUUGACCCAGAAGGUCAACUUUGGGAGGACCCAAUCAAGUCACAGCACAAACAGGACGCUCUUCAAUACAGUGCAGAGGACCCUCCUGACCAGGCUGAGAAAGGACCCAGCUCAGUCCAACACACUGACGAAUCAGAUGGCAGUGAACUUCCACCUGAGGGCGAGAGAAUGUUCAGCUGCAGCUACGGCUUUGUUGCCAGGAACAGCAGUGAACUCUCAGUGCUACAGGGAGAAACUCUGGAGGUGAUUGAGUCGUCAAAUCGUUGGUGGAAGUGCCGCAAUAACUUUGACCAGAUUGGGUUUGUUCCCUUCAACAUUCUGGAGCCUCUGUCUGCCCUCAACAACAACCAUAGGGAUAGCCCAGUGGCACUCAGACAGUCCAAGCAAACAAGCUUUAUGGUGAACGAUGAGCUCCUCCAGCGGCUGGCCAACGGCAGGGCGGGCUCCAUCCGUCCCCUAGUGAUCCCCCGCACCACAGACACCUCGGCCCCCCUGGACUACCACUCCCCUCCUGCGGAGGUAGAGGGCUGGCUGAGAGGGAAGGGCUUCACUGAGCCGACAGUAACACUGCUGGGGAGACUCACUGGUGCUGAGCUCUUCGCCCUGAGUAAAGAGGACCUACGUAUGUUUUCACCAGAGGAGGGUGCCAGAGUGUACAGCCAGAUGAUGGUGCAGAAGGCUUUACUGGAGGAUGUCCGCAAAUCUACAGAGCUGGAGACAAUGAUGGAGAAACAGAAACAAAAAGCAGACUUCCAGCUGGAGAGCAGGAGGCUGUGACCAAGAACAAGCAAUACACAUGUAUAUCACUGAAACACAGAUAUCACUGGUUGAUGGAUGCCAACACAAUAACAUUACUGUCACUGUUUAAGAGGACACACAAACUCACUAACAUUGUCUGUAUGGAGACUCUGAUACAGAGAUUUCACUUUUAAAGGGUAGUUCACCCAAACUAUAAAAUUACUUGCUUUCUUAAGGCGUCCGCAUGCUUCCCAGCCAAAACAGUUCGGAACAGUUUGUGCUUAUAUUAUGAUGACAUUUUGUGACGUUGUUUGUUUUGGACAUUGGUGAAGGUUGUUUAGGCUGUUCAGGCACAACAUUUUUCUGGAUGCAAGCAGAAGUUUUGAGCCGAAGUCUACGCCCCUUCGUCUGUGAUUGGUCAACAGUGGGGAUUUUUCAAUAAAGUCUUUGUUGUUAUUCAAUGAGAAAUGA